CAUUGAAAGGUACAACUACAUAAGAAACACAGAGAGGGAGAGAGGCACAAAGUACUUGGAUCUUUCCCUCUCCAUCAACAAACACGUAAGAAACACACACACACACAGAGAGAGAGAGAGAGGCACAAAGUACUUGGAUCUUGGAUCUUUCCCUUUCCACCAACAAACACAUAAGAAACACACACACACAGAGAGAGAGAGAGAGAGGGGCACAAAGUACUUGGAUCUUUCCCUCUCCACCAACAAACACAUAAGAAACACACACAGAGAGAGAGAGAGAGGCACAAAGUACUUGGAUCUUUCCCUCUCCACCAACAAACACAUAAGAAACACCGAGAGAGAGAGAGAGAGAGAGAGAGAGAGAGAGAAGACAUAACCAAAUUUGUACACAAGUAAUUAGGGCAUCACUCUCCAACAAAAAAACUCCUAGGUAGAGAAACAGAGAGAAAAACAGAGUGUAGCAUUUUAUAUACUUCAGCUCAGCUCAGCUCUGAAAUUCAGGCUCUAUUAAUUGCAUUGAAAACUUGGGGGUUGAGAAAUGGAGGGAGGGGAGAAUGUAAUUAGAGCGAUCAGUGCACGUUGGAGUAGCUCUACCAUCUGGAGGAGCAAUGAGCUUUUCUCUUUCUCUUCGAAUGAACAACAGGAUGAAGAGGCACUGAAAUGGGCAGCGCUGGAAAAUUUGCCGACAUUUGCGAGGAUAAGGAAAGGAAUUCUUAGUGACGAAGAGGGCCAAAUAAGAGAAAUUGAUGUCAAGAAUCUUGGGAUAAUUGAGAAAAGGAAUUUGGUAGAAAGGCUUGUGGAAAUUGCAGAGGAAGGUAAUAAGACUUUCUUGUUGAAGCUCAAGAAAAGAAUUGACAGAGUUGGGAUUAAUCUUCCGACUAUUGAAGUAAGGUUUGAGCAUUUAAACGUUGAUGCAGAGGCCUAUGUUGGCGGCAGAGCACUCCCAACAGUUUCCAACUUCUUUGUUAAUAUUUUCCAGGGAUUCUUGAAUUAUCUCCACAUCAUACCAAGCAGGAAGCUACCAUUGGCAAUUCUCCAGGAUGUUAGUGGAAUCAUCAAGCCUGCCAGAUUGACAUUACUUUUAGGCCCACCAAGCUCUGGAAAGACUACAUUGCUGCGAGCUUUGGCGGGAGAACUUCAUUGUGAUCUAAAAGUUUCAGGGAAUGUAACGUAUAAUGGUUGUGGAAUGAAUGAAUUUGUUCCACAAAGGACAUCAGCCUAUACAAGCCAGCAUGACUUGCAUAUAGGAGAAUUGACAGUGAGAGAAACACUGGCUUUCUCAGCUAGAUGUCAAGGGGUUGGAUCUCGUUAUGAAAUGCUAACAGAAUUGUCUAGGAGAGAGAAGGAAGCCAACAUCAUUCCAGACCCAGAUCUUGAUAUUUAUAUGAAGGCAUUAUCACUAGAAGGCCAGAAGGCCAAUGUGGCAAUAGACUACGUACUUAAGAUUUUGGGGCUGGAAGUUUGUGCCGACACUAUGGUUGGUGAUCAAAUGCUAAGAGGCAUUUCUGGUGGACAGAAAAAGCGAGUCACAAUAGGGGAGAUGUUGGUUGGACCAGCUAGAGCACUCUUCAUGGAUGAGAUAUCAACUGGCUUGGACACUUCUACAACUUUCCAUAUUGUGAACUCAAUCAAGAACUCCAUCCAUAUCCUUCAAGGAACCUGUGUUAUCUCCCUCCUCCAGCCGGCACCAGAAACUUACGACUUAUUCGAUGACAUAAUUCUCCUCUCCGAUGGUCACAUUGUAUACCAAGGCCCACGUGAGUAUGUGCUUGAGUUCUUUGAACACAUGGGCUUCAAGUGUCCAGAUAGGAAAGGAGUGGCUGACUUCUUACAAGAAGUGACAUCAAGAAAAGAUCAAGAGCAGUACUGGGCACGAAGAGAUGAGCCUUACAGAUUUGUUACUGUCAUGGAACUCGCAGAGGCAUUUACAUCAUUUCAUGUUGGUCGAAAGUUAGGCGACGAGCUUGCCAUCCCAUUUGACAAAGCCAAGAGCCAUCCGGCGGCUUUAACAACUGAGAAAUAUGGUAUUGGAAAGAAAGAAUUGCUAAAAGCUCUCAUAUCCAGGGAGUACUUGCUCAUGAAGAGAAAUUCCUUUGUCUACAUAUUCAAGAUGUUUCGACUUAUUAUAAUGGCAUUCAUUACAAUGACGGUAUUUCUACGAACUGAGAUGAGCAAGCAAACAACACAAGAUGGUGCAAUUUUCAUGGGUGCUCUGUUCUUUAGUAUCCUAAUGGUUAUGUUUAAUGGGUUCUCGGAGCUAGCCAUUACUGUCAUGAAACUUCCCCCCUUUUACAAACAAAGGGACCUUCUUUUUUUCCCUGCAUGGGCAUAUGCUCUGCCCUUAUGGAUCCUCAAGAUCCCAAUAACAUUUGUAGAAACCGGUAUUUGGGUGUUCACCACUUAUUAUGUCAUAGGUCUCGAUCCGAAUGUCGGAAGGUUUUUCAAAAUGUACCUUCUACUCCUUUGCAUUAACCAGAUGGCUUCUGGGCUGUUCAGACUCAUAGCCGCAUUAGGACGAAACAUGAUUGUGGCAAACACAUUUGGCACAUUUGCAUUACUUGCAAUUCUUGUGAUGGGAGGAUUUAUCUUGUCAAGAGAUGAUAUAAAGAAGUGGUUGAUAUGGGGUUAUUGGGCCUUGCCUCUGAUGUAUGGGCAGAAUGCUAUAGCGGUGAAUGAAUUUCUUGGGGAUAGUUGGAGACAAGUGCCUCCGAAUUCUACAGAAUCAUUAGGCGUGUUGGUUUUAAAGGCUCGUGGAAUAUUUCCAGAAGCACAUUGGUAUUGGCUUGGCGUAGGAGCUUUGGUUGGAUAUGUUUUUCUCUUCAACGGCAUUUUCACCCUAGCUCUAGCAUAUCUCAGCCCAUUUGAGAAGCCUCAGGCAGUUCUAUCUAAAGAGACCUUGGAGGAGAGAAACGUUUAUAAAGGAGGAGAAGUUAUUGAGCUAUCCUCAAGAGGAAAUAGCUCUUCUGAGAGGGGAGUUGAACUUCGAAGAAGUGUAUCGAAAUUCAUGUCUUCAAGAGUAGGGAGAAGCAGUGAAGUUAACCAGAAUAGGAAGCGGGGAAUGGUUCUACCGUUUGAACCCCUUUCGAUCACUUUUGACGAUAUCAAGUAUGCAGUCGACAUGCCACAGGAAAUGAGAGCACAAGGAAUACAAGAAGACCGUCUUCAACUUCUAAAAGGAGUAAGUGGUGCUUUUAGACCAGGAGUUCUCACAGCGUUAAUGGGUGUUAGUGGUGCUGGUAAAACCACCCUGAUGGAUACCUUGGCUGGUAGGAAAACUGGUGGAUACAUCGAGGGGAGAAUCUCGAUAUCAGGCUACCCCAAGAAACAAGAAACAUUCGCUCGCAUAGCUGGAUAUUGCGAGCAAACAGAUAUUCAUUCUCCUCAUGUUACAGUUUAUGAGUCUUUGAAAUAUUCUGCGUGGCUCCGGUUGCCUCCUGAAGUUAAUUCUGCCACCAGAAAGAUGUUCGUUGAUGAAGUUAUGGACCUUGUUGAGCUAACCCCAUUAAGGGAAGCACUUGUUGGGUUGCCUGGGGUAAAUGGUCUCUCAACCGAGCAACGCAAGAGGUUGACAAUUGCAGUUGAGCUUGUAGCCAACCCAUCAAUACUAUUCAUGGAUGAACCAACCUCAGGACUCGACGCUAGGGCUGCCGCAAUAGUGAUGAGAACAGUGAGAAACACAGUAGAUACAGGAAGAACUGUGGUAUGCACCAUCCAUCAGCCAAGCAUCGACAUAUUUGAUUCAUUCGAUGAGCUGUUUCUUUUGAAACGAGGAGGUGAGGAAAUAUAUGUUGGUCCCUUAGGUCGUCACUCUUGUCAUCUCAUCGCAUAUUUGGAGGGUAUCAGUGGAGUUUAUAAAAUCAAAGAUGGUUAUAAUCCAGCUACUUGGAUGUUAGAGGUGACUUCACCAGCACAAGAAGCAGCUCUUGGGGUUGACUUUGCUCAUGUGUACAAGAACUCCGAACUAUACAGGAGAAACAAAAGUACAAUUAUGGAACUGAGUACACCUCCGCCAGGAUCAAAAGAACUAUACUUCGCCACUCAAUACUCGCAGUCUUUCCUCAUCCAAUGUAUGGCAUGCCUAUGGAAACAACACUUAUCAUACUGGCGAAACCCGCCAUAUACUGCUGUGAGAUUUUUGUUCACAACUAUGGUAGCUCUGCUGUUUGGGACAAUUUUCUGGGAUAUUGGCUCCAAAAGGGAAACACAACAAGAUAUAUUUAAUGCAAUGGGUUCUAUGUACACUGUUGUCGUAUUUGUUGGUAUACAAGCUGCCAUUUCUGUGCAGCCAAUAGUCGCUGUUGAGAGAGCAGUCUUUUACAGGGAAAGCGCAGCUGGAAUGUAUUCAGCUUUGCCAUAUGCUUUUGGACAAGUUGUGAUUGAGCUCCCAUAUAUUUUGGUUCAAACUGUGACAUAUGGAGCCAUAGUAUACACUAUGAUCGGAUUUGAGUGGAAAGUAGCCAAAUUCUUUUGGUAUUUGUUCUUCAUGUAUUGCACUUUUGUAUACUACAUAUAUUAUGGGAUGAUGACAGUAGCCAUAACUCCCAACCUCAACAUUGCAUCGAUAAUUGCUUCUUCUUUCUAUGCAAUAUGGAACCUUUUCUCCGGCUUUAUCAUUCCAAAGACAAGGAUUCCGCUGUGGUGGAGGUGGUACUACUACGUUUGCCCAGUCUCCUGGAGUCUGUAUGGAUUAGUUGGGUCACAGUAUGGAGACAUUCAGGAGAGGCUUGACACAGGUGAAACAGUGGAAUACUUUGUGGUAAAAUACUUUGAUUUUAGGCAUGACUUCGUGGGAUACGUUGCUCUAAUCAUGGUUGGGAUAGUUCUGCUCUUCGGGUUAAUCUUUGCCUUCUCAAUCAAGUCGUUUAACUUCCAGAAAAGAUAAUAACAGAAGGUAUGAAUAUAACAUCCUCUCAAGUUAUACGCAAUGACCAUGUGGCUUUGAGACUAUUCUACGUGCAAUCCGUGUAUAUAUAUUAUGUAAUGAAUCAGAUAAGUUUCAUUAAUAAAUCGAAGAAUUCUGAUCGA